UCUUCGUUGGCUCUUACAUAAUGUGGGGUUUCACAGGGCACUGAUGUAGAAAUAAAGUCAAACAUUCUUGAGGCAGACUCACAUUACUUGUAUCGCUGGUGCUCGCUUCGCUGUGGGGUGUAGGGCUGCUCUUGGGAGGGUGAUCUGUGGCCCUGUUUGAGUGAAUUGUGGAAGGUGCGCAGGAUGGCUCCAAGCGACACAAGGGAUGAACUUGUUUUCUUUGUGAAUGGGAAAAAGGUGGUGGAGAAAGAUGUGGACCCGGAAACAACUCUGCUAACCUACCUGCGAAGAAAACUGGGCCUAUGUGGAACCAAACUAGGCUGUGGAGAAGGUGGAUGUGGUGCUUGCACUGUAAUGAUAUCCAAGUAUGAUCCCUUUCGGAAGAAAAUCCUCCACCAUACUGCCAAUGCUUGCCUCUUCCCUAUCUGUGCCCUGCAUCAUGUAGCUGUAACUACUGUUGAAGGCAUAGGAAACACAAAAUCCAGGCUGCACCCAGCCCAGGAGAGAAUAGCAAAAAGUCAUGGGUCCCAAUGUGGCUUUUGCACUCCAGGCAUCGUCAUGUCCAUGUACACGUUGCUUCGGAACAAACCUGAGCCCAAAAUGGAGGACAUAGAAGAUGCUUUCCAAGGGAACUUGUGUCGGUGUACGGGAUACAGACCAAUUCUGGAAGGAUACAGGACAUUUGCUAAAGACUUGGAUUGUUGUGGCAGAGUGGCCAAUGGCACUGGAUGCUGUCGUAGUGAGAGGGAAAAUAGCAUGAACGGGGGCUGCUGUGGAGGAAAAGCCAAUGGUCCAGGCUGCUGCAUGAACGGCAAAGAAGACAAUGUGAAAAUGAUGUCCUCCAGCCUGUUCAAUUCUUCUGAGUUCCAGCCAUUGGACCCCACACAGGAGCCAAUCUUCCCACCAGAGUUAAUGACUCAGAGUAACAAACAGCAGGAACAGCUGUGUUUCAGAGGCGAGCGUGUGAUGUGGAUCCAGCCUACAACUCUCAAGGAAUUGGUGGCUCUCAAAUCCCAGUACCCCAAUGCCAAGCUCGUUGUGGGGAACACUGAAGUGGGUAUUGAGAUGAGGUUAAAGAACAUGUUGUAUCCGGUGAUAAUAGCACCAGCAUGGAUCUCUGAAAUGAAUGCUGUUCAGCACACUGAAACAGGAAUCACUUUCGGUGCUGCCUGUACCCUGAGCUCAGUAGAGGAGGUGCUGAGAAAAGCAGUGGCAGAGCUUCCUCCUUACAAAACAGAGGUCUUCCAGGCUGUCCUUGAGCAGCUGAGGUGGUUUGCAGGGCCACAGAUCAGGAACGUUGCUGCUCUUGGUGGGAACAUAAUGACAGCAAGCCCCAUUUCUGACUUAAAUCCUGUGUUAAUGGCAAGUGGAAGCAAAUUGACUUUGGUGUCAAGUGAGGGCAAAAGGACUGUCACGAUGGAUGAGAAGUUUUUCACUGGAUACAGAAAGACAAUAGUUAAGCCUGAGGAAAUCCUUCUCUCGGUUGAAAUACCCUAUAGCAAGAAGGGUGAAUACUUCUCAGCUUUCAAGCAGGCUUCCCGUCGGGAGGAUGACAUUGCUAUUGUGACCUGUGGGAUGAGAGUCCUGUUCCAAGAUGGCACUAGCCGAGUGGAGGACAUAAAACUAAGCUAUGGAGGAAUGGCUCCAACAACUGUCCUGGCACUCAAAACCUGCCAGGAGCUUACUGGCAGAGACUGGAAUGAGAAGCUGCUGCAGGAUGCCUGCCGCUUACUGGCAGGUGAGAUGGAUCUGUCCCCUUCUGCGCCUGGUGGGAUGGUGGAUUUCCGACGCACGCUCACGCUCAGCUUCUUUUUCAAGUUCUACCUGACUGUCAUUCAGAAGCUGAGCAGGGACCACAAUGGCACUAACAAACUGUGUGAGCCUGUCCCCUCAAGCUACGUCAGUGCUACAGAGCUGUUUCACAAAGAUCCAAUUGCAAAUGCCCAGCUCUUCCAAGAAGUGCCCCGAGGGCAGGCAGUUGAAGAUAUGGUGGGCCGGCCUUUGAUGCACGUUUCAGCAGCCAAACAAGCAUGUGGAGAAGCUGUUUACUGCGAUGACAUCCCUCACUAUGAGAACGAGCUGUAUCUAACGCUGGUGACCAGCACCAAAGCCCACGCUAAGAUCCUUUCUGUAGAUGCAUCUGAAGCCCAGAGUGUUCCUGGGUUUGUGUGUUUUGUCUCCGCCAAAGACGUUCCUGGCAGUAACAUCACUGGCAUCGCUAAUGAUGAGACUGUCUUUGCUGAGGAUGUGGUCACUUGUGUUGGUCAUAUCAUUGGUGCAGUCCUUGCAGACACACAAGAACAUUCCAGAAGAGCAGCUAAAGCUGUGAAGAUUAAGUAUGAAGAGCUCAAACCUAUUGUCACAAUUCAGGAAGCUAUUGAGAAACAAUCCUUCCUUAAGGGUAUAAAGAGGAUUAAAAAGGGAGACGUGAAGAAAGGAUUUGAAGAAUCUGAUCACAUUUUGGAAGGAGAGAUGUACCUUGGUGGGCAGGAGCAUUUCUAUCUGGAAACUCAUGCCACUCUGGCUGUGCCAAAGGGGGAGGAUGGUGAGAUGGAACUCUUUGUGUCAACCCAAAACCUUAUGAAGACACAGGAGUUUGCUGCUAAUGCACUGGGAGUCCCUUCAAAUCGGAUUGUGGUGCGAGUGAAAAGAAUGGGAGGAGGAUUUGGAGGAAAAGAGACUAGGAAUACUAUUUUGACCACUGCAGUGGCUGUUGCAGCCUUCAAAACUGGCCGCCCAGUACGGUGCAUGCUGGAUCGAGACGAGGACAUGCUGAUAAGUGGUGGGAGACAUCCCUUCCUGGGGAGGUACAAGGUUGGCUUCAUGAAGAAUGGGAAAGUCAAGAGUCUAGAGGUUUCAUACUACAGCAAUGGGGGCAACUCUGUAGACCUCUCUUAUGGGGUUAUGGACAGAGCCCUGUUACAUUUGGAUAACUCCUACAACAUCCCCAAUGUCAGCAGCGUGGGCAUUGUUUGCAAGACCAACUUGGCUUCCAACACAGCCUUCCGUGGCUUUGGAGGGCCUCAAGGAAUGAUGAUCGCUGAGUGCUGGAUGAGUGACCUUGCUCGGAAGUGUGGCCUGCCACCUGAGGAGGUGCGGAAGCUCAAUCUUUACAAUGAAGGAGACCUGACUCAUUUUAACCAAAAGCUGGAGGGAUUUACUCUGCGAAGGUGCUGGGAUGAAUGUUUGUCAAGCUCUAGCUAUCAUGCCAGGAAGAAACUAAUUGAAGAAUUCAACAAGCAGAAUCGCUGGAAGAAGAGAGGGAUGUGCAUCAUUCCUACCAAAUUUGGCAUCAGUUUCACUAUCCCAUUUCUGAACCAGGCUGGAGCUCUAGUCCAUGUGUAUACAGAUGGCUCUGUGUUACUUACACAUGGGGGUACUGAGAUGGGUCAAGGACUUCACACCAAAAUGAUUCAGGUUGCUAGCAGAUCACUGGGAAUCCCCACCUCCAAAAUUUACAUCAGUGAGACCAGCACAAACACUGUCCCAAAUACCUCCCCGACAGCUGCAUCUGUCAGUGCAGACAUCAAUGGGAUGGCCGUCCAUAAUGCAUGUCAGACCAUCUUAAAAAGACUUGAGCCUAUCAAACAGUCUAAUCCCAAAGGAUCCUGGGAAGACUGGAUUAAAGCCGCAUACGAGAACUGCGUCAGUCUGUCGGCAACGGGGUUUUAUAGAAUUCCUGACCUUGGCUACGACUUUGAGAAGAAUGAAGGGAAACCGUUCUGCUACUUCAGUUACGGCGUUGCUUGCUCCGAGGUUGAGAUAGAUUGCCUGACAGGUGACCACAAGAACAUUCGCACAGACAUUGUUAUGGAUGUUGGUACCAGUCUGAACCCAGCCAUAGAUAUAGGACAGAUAGAAGGAGCAUUUGUCCAAGGCCUUGGGCUCUUCACCAUGGAGGAGCUACGCUAUUCUCCUGAAGGAAACUUGUAUACCCGAGGGCCUGGGAUGUACAAAAUCCCAGCGUUUGGAGACAUCCCAACGGAGUUCUAUGUGUCUCUUCUCCGUGACUGUCCAAACAGCAAGGCAGUUUAUUCAUCCAAGGCUGUGGGAGAACCACCUCUGUUCCUGUCUGCCUCGGUGUUCUAUGCCAUUAAAGAUGCCAUCUACUCAGCAAGGAAGGACUCUGGCUUGACUGAACCGUUCAGGCUGGACAGUCCUGCCACCCCAGAGAGGAUCCGCAAUGCUUGUGUGGAUAUCUUCACCAAAAUGUGCCCUUCUGCUGAGCCAGGGACCUUUAAGCCAUGGUCCGUGCGUGUGUAGAAGGGAAGCUUGAGGAGCAAACUCUCCUCCUGAAACUGAGCUGACACCAGAGGGACCACAAGGCAGUAGGACUAUAAUGGGAAAAAUAAAUCUGUGUUCAUGCGGCUCAUCCACUGAUUCAUGGAGCUUUCACAUUUAAUUGUCCAAUCAUUGUUUCCUCUAGCAGAAGGAAUUGCUGCCAGAUUAUAGCUGUGAUGUAAAUUCAAAUGAAGAGUAAGUGGAAGCUGAUGUUAUCCAGAUGUUAUUGGAAAAUCUUCCAGGUUUCAUUUAAAACUGCUGCAAGGAUGGGAGACAUGCUUAUUGCCAGCCAAUGUGCAAUAGCAGGGUGGUUGUUUCUUCUUUUUCUGCUGUAGGGAAAAGAUGGAUCACCUUGUGAUGCUGUGCCAAGAACUUAACUGCAUUAUACCCAGACAAACAGUCCUCUAGCUGAGAUGGGGGAAGGCACGAGAGGCACUGAGGGCUGGACCCUGCUGUGUCCCUACUGCACACAAAGCCUGAUAUACGCUAGAGGAAGAUGAGGAGUUUUGAUGUAAGCUAACGAAGAUGGUCUUGCCUAUUUAACAAAAGUGGUUCACAUGAAUAUCCUAAAAUGUGACCAAUCACUGAUUAUCCUAUGUUAAAUGACUAUUGCUGUGUCUCCACUGGGGCUUUAAUGAAUUCUUAGCUCAUGUACUACUGAUUAAAGAUAAAAACUAGACCUGUACCAAGAAGACUUGCAGCAAGAUGCUGCUUCAUUAGCACAGCCUUUUCCCACCCCACGCAUCCACAUCUUUCCCCAUCCUUUAAAUAAGAAAGGACAUCGGAGAUCUUGGAAUGACAGAGAAAGCUACUCAUGAUUGUUCCCAAGGCAGUUUAUACCGGCCCAGGAAAGGGAGAGGAGGAUGGACACAGCUGGGGAUUAGCUGGUUCUGGGUGCCCUCUAGGGUCAGUCCCUUGCUGUCGUGCUAUUGCCUUGCCUUCUUUUCCAAACAAUUCUUGAGUUUGCUGAAUGUAAGAGAAUGAGAAUGUUUUGCUACAGGGACUGCUUGUCUGAAAAAUGUGCUGUGUGAUGACCUCGUGUCUUCUGGGUUGAAUGCAUUUUUCGUGUUGGAUUUAACGCUGAGCAUCCCUCUUCCCAGGUUUUGUCACUCAGAUUUAACACUGUAGCAUCAUGUUAUCUCUAGGUGAUAUCAGCCAUGUACUGUACCUGCUCAUCAUGUGCCAACUCUUAUCUGUUUCUCUGGCCCAUAGCUUUAUAAAGAUGUCCCUUUUCAACCUUUGCACUCCUAGGGUCAUCCAAAAAAUAUGGUGCAAGAGGAUGUAACUCCAUUGCCUUAUAUAAGAUUUUGCUCACAUACAAACUGCUUAAAACUGGCCUCCAUCACAGGGCUUAAUGUAUGCACAGUUUGAAAUAUGUUCUUUAAGCACUCCAGGGUAUAUAGCUUGGAAAUGUGCAGAUUUAUUUCUUGGCUUAAAAUACUAUGGUUCUACCACCUAGAAGAAGCACAGUUGUGUAUGUGAGUUGCAGAAAGUAUUUUGUGCCUGCUGGGCUUGCUAUGUAAUUGUUUUGUUAAUUGAAAUAUGAUAUUGCUGUUUCUUAAGCAUAGAACAUGUGCUAAUGCAGAACACGGGCAGCUACAGGCAAAGAGUAUGAUGUUGAGGAGCUUCCAGCGUUGUCUCAGGGGAGUGUUCACAAGAGACCUGUGGGUGUCCUGGAACAUGGUGGGAUGUCACCAGCAGGAUGAGUAAGUGCUCUUUACCCCUCAUGGUUCUGGAGGCACCUUUUCCAUUGUUUCAGAAGGGGUUUGUGUGUCUCACAGCCCCGGUGACUGCCUGGUCAGGUGGCAUUUGUAAGUGAGAGCUAUCAAGUCUCUCUUUCGUUAUUUGCUUUGUGUGUUAAUUUGAAGUGUAUUUGCCACGUGAGGUGUAUGUGCAGUGACCAGAGCAGGCUAGUUCAGUGCAGACCUUAGCAUGUGGAGCCCAUUUUUGCUGCAGCACCAGUGAGCCACUGUUUCCCAGGCCCCAGUCCUUGCCCUCAAACUCACUGCAGCUCAGGGCCCUCUUAUUACCCUUCCACAGCUGAUGGAAGGAGGAAACCACUUCCUUUUGGGGUGCACUGGAAUUGAAAGUAAAUUAUAUCAAACACCUGAGGGAGGGGGGGAUAGUAUAAAAUCAGGGUUGCAAAGUAAUUACAGAAACUGGUUUUGAGGGUGUAGGAAAAAGGGAAGCUUGGAGACUAAUAGGAGUUUACAGAGCAAUCAUAGUAAUCCCUGUGGGUGAGACAGGCACCCUAAGGAACACAAAGCUGAGGUUUUCAUUUCACCUCUUGGUGUCUUAACAUUUCAUACAUUGGCUUCCUGUGGAACUAAACGCCAGGCACUUUAGGGAAGGAGGGCUGGCAGGAAUAAUGUGGGCUGCUCUACAAAGCUGCCUGAGAAUGGCUCUCCUGCUGUCGGUGCAUGGCACUGCCCUCUGCUAGGGGCUGCAUUAGAUCUUGUUACACACAUCUCCCUGCACGGGAUUUCAGCUUGCCAUUGCUGAAGGGAAGGCUGCUUAUGAAGAGAAGAAUGCUCCCAAUGAAAUACAGUAUGGAUGCAGUCCUUCCAGAAGUGUAGUCUCCGAAGAGGAACUAUGCCACCUUGCCAGGCUGUACAGUAUUACGCACAAUAAGGGCACUAAGUAAUAAUUGCUGUACCUGGGUAGUUUGUGUGAGGGUGGAAGGAGGCCAUCUGAUCUGAUGUCUAAAUGUUAUUGAUAGCAUUGUCCUUUGGAGAGAGAGGGAAGCCAAGUUCUCAGUAAUUUCAGUUUUAGGUCAAUUCUAAUCAGCAUCUUUCACUAUUGUUCUUUAAUGAGCAUUGUCAAAUCAGUGUCCUUGUCACAUGAAUGUAUGUGGAAUUCUCUGUGAACGUCACAACACUGCAAAAUAAAGCUAAAAAUUGUUCUGGAAACAA